AUAAGGAGUGUGUGUGUGUGUGUGUUAUCCAUCUGCAGUGGAAACAGCAAGCAUCGCCAUGGCUCUCCUUUGUGUUCCUCUGAACAAAGGAACCCUGGCUUCUCUUGAACUCCCCAAGGCAAGCCAAUAUGGAUGGGUGAGGGGCGUGGGGAAGGCCAGGGUGCAACCUUGCCAUGGCAGACGAACCCUCUCUCCCAUCCUGUGUUCUGUUCAAGGGAAUGGCAAUGUGGCUGUCAAGCCCCCGGCUACACUCCCUCCUCAUGUCACUUUGGGGAGAAGCAGCUUCCCCCCUGACUUUGCCUUUGGCGCUGCCUCUGCUGCUUACCAGGUGGAAGGAGCAUGGAAUGAAGCAGGAAGGGGGCCAAGUGUAUGGGACACUUUGACCCAUGACCAUCCAGAAAAAAUUGCAGACAAGAAAAAUGGGGACGUAGCGACUGAUUCCUAUCGCAGGUACAAAGAUGAUAUUGAGAUUAUGAAGAAUAUGGGCAUGGAUUCUUAUAGGUUUUCCAUUUCUUGGUCAAGAAUCUUACCAAAGGGCACAAUAGAAGGUGGCAUAAACCAAGAAGGAAUCAAGUACUACAAUGAUCUCAUCAAUGAACUCCUCAAAAAUGGUAUCAAACCCUAUGUGACUCUCUUCCAUUGGGAUGUGCCACAAGCAUUGGAAGAUGCAUAUGGAGGUUUCUUGAGUAGUAAGAUAGUGAAUGACUUCAAAAACUUUGCAAGUGUAUGCUUUCAAAAAUUUGGUGACAGAGUGAAGCAUUGGAUCACAUUAAAUGAGCCAUGGUCUUUUAGUAGCAUGGGGUACUCCCUUGGCAAACAUGCACCAGGGAGAUGUUCUCAACUCUUAGGAUGCCCAGUGGGUGAUUCCUUGAAAGAACCUUACAUUGUUACUCACAACCUCAUCUUAGCUCAUGCAGCUGCUGCUACUUUGUACAAGAAAGAAUUUAAGGCAAUUCAAGAAGGUGAAGUAGGAAUAACGCUUGUGAGCAUGUGGUUUGAACCAUAUUCCACAUCUCAUCAAGAUAUAGAAGCAGCCAAUAGGGCUAUUGACUUCAUGCUUGGAUGGUAUAUGGAUCCUUUAGUUUAUGGAGACUAUCCUUUUAUUAUGAGGGCAUUAGUUAAAGAGAGGCUCCCAUAUUUCACAAACGAUGAGGCAGAGAUGAUCAAAGGCUCUUAUGAUUUCAUUGGGCUUAACUAUUACACUUCAAGAUAUGCAAAGGCAACACCGAUGUCUCCAAACUACACACCUAUCCUUAGUAUUACUGAUUCAUAUGCUGAGCAACUUGAUUCUAAAAAUAAUGUCCCAAUCGGAGAACUUCAAGGCACUUGGAUAAAUGUUUAUCCUCAUGGUAUGAAAGAACUUUUAUUACAUAUGAAGAAGAGAUAUCAAAAUCCGCAUAUUUACAUUACUGAGAACGGAACAUGUGAGUUGGAUAACCCAAAACUGCCCUUGGACGAAGCUUUGGAAGAUCAAUUCAGAAUAGAUUAUCUUUCUGUUCAUCUAGCUGAGGUUCGACAAGCCAUUCGACAGGGAGUAUGUGUAAAAGGGUACUUUGCAUGGGCUCUCACAGACAACUUUGAAUGGGAGCAAGGCUACACCCAACGUUUCGGGCUCACCUACAUUGACUAUGACAACAAUCUCAAUCGCCACCUCAAGUCAUCUGCCAAUUGGUACACUCGGUUCCUUCACUCCUAAGCUCCUGCUUGAGAUGCUCCCUCCUUUGGCCAUGAUGAUGAUGGUCAAAGGAGAUGAUGAGAAUAAAGAGGGGUCGAGUGAUUAUUUCCUCAAGCAUUGAUUAGUACAAGUUUGUGUGUAAUGAAACUUGAUCCUUUGUGAUUUGUAGUUUGAUGCUAUGGAAAUCUUUCUUUCUUGUGUGAAUCCA